AUGGCAAGCUCUAUUGUUGGGUCCAAUUGGAAUGGCCUCCAUAUCAAGCCUAGGAUGUCACAAACUAUAUCUUGGAAUUCUAUUACAAAGUUGGACAUUCAAGUUCCCAAAGAUCAAACGCUUUUUGCAUGCAAUAACAACAAAAGGAAAUUUGUGGUCCAUCCUAGCAGCGAGCCUGGAGAUCCGUUGCCUUCCGAACAACCUUCUAGUUCCCCCAGGAGUUGGAUUCUGGGACUUCUUGCAUCAUUAGUCCUACCCUUUGUCACCCACAAAUGGGGUCCAUUAUGGUUACUUAAAAAUAGAAUGGAAUCGGGGAUAGAAACGGUAGAACAAAUAGUGGAAGUUGUCGAAAAGGUGGCGGAGGAAGUUGACAAAAUAGCGGAGGAUAUCGCAGACGAUCUGCCGGAAGGAAAACUCAAAAACAUUGUGGAUAUUGUUGAAGAUGUGGCUGAGAAAACAGCUAAAAGUGCUGAUUCAGUUGAACAUUUUAUUGAUAAGGUUCAUGAAGCAGAAGACAAGGUGGAGUCCUUUAUCGAAUCUCUCAAUGGUGAAGCCAAAAAGUCUUCAAAACAAGCAAAGAAAUUGUAA